AUGGCCCCUUCAACUUCAUUUCUCAAAAUCCUGGAUCGCUCGGCAAUCCCCAUCAGGGCAUUCAUCAAUCGUCGAGCCAUAGCCCAGCAAUUGACUCCCGAAAACCCAGCGUUCUUCCAAACCGUGGUAUCUGUAUCAAAUAACUCGAAAUCUAUAGUGAGACUCCAUCGCGCCACUAAACUACGGCUCUCAAGGAUCGAUCUUUCGCGAAUUACUACAACCUUCCGUGAUUCUUUGGUUGAUAUCCUAUUCCAUAUUGAUGUUGAAGAACUCGAAUCGAUAUCUUUAAUUAAUAGCAAGGCCAAAGAUGGGAAAUUCGUUCUAGACGAUUGGGAUCAUCAUUCUACCAAAGAAAGUAGCUCUGAAAAAAUCCCGCUCAACGUUUCCCGGUCGAAAGAUAACAUUGUCUUGGGGCUCGCCAAAGCUGGAUGGAGAAUCCACUUGGUAAUAGAUAAGACCCAGCUUGAAAUAUUGCGAACCGGCACAUCAGUAAACUCAAAAGGGUUUAAUUAUGGGAAUUACAUGCGAUUGAUGAUGAAGACCGCGGACUUCACAUUCCCAGUUGAACAAGAGGAGAACCCCGAAGCAGUGGGAAUAUUCCUUGCUGAAGAAAAUAAAAAAGUUGAAGGGAUUUUGAAGUACAAAAAGAUGCAGAUCAUUGGUAAAGGAAUCGAUGUAUACGUUUUGAGAAGACCUUAA